CUUUUCAGUCGCGCACCGAUUGGACUCGUCGAUAUACGCUUUUGAGUCAUGCAGGUGGAUUUUCGAAGCGACUUAAAUCGUUUGCACACACUGCAGUUUUGCGCGCCGCUCGUGUCGCAUCGUCGAUUUAAGCUCAUUUGCUUAUCGGGAGCCGAUUGAAAAUCCAAAAACAAAUAUCGUUGCUUUUUUUGUUGUUUUGUAUUGGCGAUCGAUUCAUCGAGUGCGAUUGUAAAAUUUGAACACUCAUCACCGAAAAUUAUUGUGUUGGCUAAUAAACUAAAUGGAUCGAAAUAUAACUUGAAAGUGAAUUAAUAAUUUACCGUCACGAUGGAUUAAACCGAUACGUAAUUGCCGUGUCGAUGUCAAUCAUAAAUGAAUAAAAAUUCAAUGACGAAUUCAAACCGUUUGGACUUUUUAUCGGCCGAAAACAAUGCGAACGAGAUAGUUCACAUUGCUUGAAUUAUAUACGGUGUUAUCUAUUGGGCUUAUCUGCCGUUUAAAGUUUCACGUUCGCGUUUAUUGGAAUUGUGAGCAAACAGGGGGAUUAUCAAGCGUGCGAAAUUAGUAAAAACAUCCAAAAGCUUAUACCUACUUAGUACGAGUGGUUAUUGUGUGUGCGACAACAAUACGCGCCGCAUUUAUCCUCAUAUCAAUCAAUAAGUUUAAAUAAAUUUAAUACAAUGUUCAAGUCAUGUCGAAAACCGAAGAAACCGCCGCUGCCGGAUGUGUUAUCAUGGCGGCCCAUAGAAGAAGAAAAAGUUGAGUGGCCCAGUCGACCAGACGCAAACAAAAAAUCACACAAUGGGCAACAUGUACCUGAACCAAUCGUAAGCACCUACAAAACGGAGAAAUUGCAAACAAUUGAGAUAGCACCGGUUCAAGAGGCACAACUUGUCAAAAAUAAAAACACGGAGUUUUACAUUGAGAAAUUCACAACGGAAAAACAACAGAGAUAUGAAAUAAAACGUGAGAUUAUCACGCAUGUUAAUAAUAAUAACUAUAAGCUUCAUCAGGUGCAAUAUGGCGACCAGACUCUAACCUCUAAAAUACCGGAAGUCAUGAUUUCCGAAGAAAAACCACCAAAAUCACCAAUACCUCAGAAAACAAGUUUUAAAAAACUAGAAAAACUUGAAAACUAUGAAAAUCAAACUCCAACCAUUACUAUACCGGAAGUUGUUGUUUCCGAGCAAAAACCCAAGAAAAAAAGCUCUAAAAAACCAUCGAAAAUACUUAUAACUGAAGUCGACGCUAACGAAAACCACAUUACCGAAGUUUCAAGACCAUCCAUGGAUACCCUGUCGAUUUCUACAGCAAAAAAAUCCGACGCGAGUAUUGACUCCACUCACAGCUGGUCCGAAUUGGAAUCGAUGCGUUUAUCGACAGCUUCCGGUGCGAGUGUAGUCAUGCUACGCCGGAAAGCUUACCGCGAUGAUGACAAUGAAGAAGAAACCGAGUUACAACCGCAACAAAUGUCACAAACUGAUGAGGAUACAAUAAAGAAAGCCAUCCAAGCGAAUGAUUUUAUAAUGGCGGUUGCACCGAAUGCCGUUGAGAGUCUUGCACGUUACAUGACUCUAACUGAAGUGCGAAAAGGUGAUGUGAUUAUGAGGCAAGGCGAACGUGGUAAUUCGAUGUACGUGUCUAAAGUGGGCGAGUACAGAGUGGAAAUCAACAAUCAGAUGGUGGACACGUUUAAAGGACCGAAACUGUUUGGAGAAUUGGCGAUUUUGUAUGAUACUGAUCGAUCAGCGACUGUUUUAGCGAUGAGUGAUGGGUCUGUAUGGCAGUUACAGCGGCAAAUAUUCAGGACUUUAUUGAGGCAGUCGAAUAUUCUUGCGAAGGAUAAUGUUUUGGAGUUUUUACGCAAGGUUCCUGUAAUCAACGAAACAAGUUCACAAAAACUCCGUCAAAUCGCCGACCUCUGCGAAAGUCGUUACUAUCCAAAAGACACAAUAAUCAUCCGAGAAGGCCAAAAAGGCGAUGAGUUCUUCAUCGUAAAAACCGGCACGGCUGUCGCCAGCAAAAUGGGCCAGGGCAAACUCAAAACCUACGUAAAAGGCGACUUUUUCGGCGAACGCGCCUUACUCUACGACGAAGAAAAACGCAAAGCAACAAUUACCUCAACAGGAUACGGCGUUGAAUGCCUAGUGCUAACCCGCUACGAGUUCAACAAAUACCUCGGAGACGUCCGGAAAUUCCUAGAAAGCAAUGACGAAACUCCUCAAAACGUACCAAUACCUAUAAUACCCCCAGAUCCUGCCCGCUUUGAACCCUUCAAACAAAUCAAACUCUCCGAUUUGAAAAAGGUGAAAUUAUUGGGCGAAGGUGGUUUUGGUGCAGUACACCUUGUAAAAACAUCAAAAGGCAAACAAUUCGCGCUCAAAGAGAUGAAACUGAAAACCGUGCACGAGAAUCAAAGUCUAAUGAAGAACGCGAUGAAUGAAAGGGACGUGCAGAUGGCGUGCGAUUGCGUCUUUAUCGUUCAACUACACAAAACUCUUUCCGAUAAUGUAAACAUUUACUUUUUGCUAGAGUAUUGCCCACGCGCCGAAUUAUUCUCCCUGCUACGUAAAAAACGUCAUUUUCCUGAUCCACUAGCGAUAUUCACAGGCGCAUGCGUAUUAGAAGCUUUGGCAUACUUACAUGUGCGGAGAUAUGCCUACCUCGACCUCAAACCGGAAAACAUCUGCAUUGAAAACGGAUAUCCAAAAAUCGCCGAUUUUGGAAAUGCAGUUAUGCUGGAACCAGGAAAGAAGACAUUUAGUUUUGCUGGCACGCCGGAAUACAUGGCGCCCGAGAUAAUUCAACGCACCGGAACUGACAUGGCGGCUGAUUACUGGGCGUUCGGUGUUUUGAUCUAUGAAAUGUUAAUGGGAAAAUCACCGUUUAAUGACCGAUCAGAAGAGAAAUUAUACGAUAAUAUCAUCAAAGGAUUAACCGGAAGACACUUUGUGCCUAAUUUUAAUAAAUCCGCAAAAGAUCUCAUCAAACGACUAAUAGACGUGAAUCCAGCGAAGCGGUUGGGUUGCCUACGUGAUGGCGUCAACGGGUUGUAUAAACACGACUGGUUUAAAGACAUAGACUUCCCAAAACUGCGAAGCAGACAAAUCAAAUCGCCUCUACUCAGCUUAUACAAACGAUGAUAUUGUUUUCUACGCAUUGACUUAGUAUCUUAGAUUAGGACAUAAUAAAAUGUAUAUUAUCUUA